AUGUUGCUUGUUCUCCUACUACUUGCUUUGAUAUCAUGGAUUGUUUAUCGUCUCCUCAAAUUUUGGAUACUUGAUCCAUGGCGCAUUCAUCGAGAUCUAUGGUCUCAAGGAGUUCCAGGACGCUACAUUCCAGUAGUAGGCGAAAUACUUCACAUUCGUAAACGUAUUCUUGCCGAAGAUCCAUUUUCACAUGGCAGGGCUUUAGCAACACGAUCUGGCGACUACUACCACAUUUCGUUCGGUCCUAUUGCUCGCUUUGAGACCUUUGAUCCAGCCUUAAUGAACGGUGUUCUUAAGACCAAUGCUCACGCUUAUCACAAACCGUAUAUCAUGCAAAUGAUUCUUGGGGUGUUGUUAGGUAACGACAGUCUUUUAAUGUCCGAAGAUGAGGUCCAUGCUCGACAUCGACGACUGAUAGCACCAGUCUUUCAACAUCAAAAUGUGAACUCUAUGAUAUCGCUAAUGGCUGAAAUCACCUCGAAUCUUAUAACAAAAUGGGCAGUCGCCGCAGCUGCUUGUCAUAAAGACGAACCGUUCACUCUCAAUAUUCGUGAGGAGAUGGCACGACUGACAUUAGACAAUGUCAGUGUUACAAGUUGUGUAUUCGGUACAGAGAUCAUAUCCGAUGAAACGAUACACGAAACUAUCUAUCGAGGUGCGACAGAAACAUUGGAGUUAGUGGAAAAGCGUACAUUUAAUAUGAUUGGUAUCAUUCCGAUUAUUAAUCGCCUACCGUUCGCAGGCAAACCACAUAUUGAUAAAUGUAACCGUGAAACUAAGGAAAUUAUUCGGCGAAUCGUCGACGAGCGGAAGAAAGGAUUGACUAAGUCAGCUUGCAAAGGUCCUCGUUCAUGCAUCGGACAGAAUUUUGCUAUGUUGGAGGCGAAAAUCAUGUUAGCAUUGAUUAUUCGACGAUUUCGUUUCGAACUUGAGCCCGGUCAAAAGUACGUUCCAGAUGUUGUCAUCACUAUGAGGUUAGAUGCUGUUGGUUUAAGCUUUAAUCUUGAACCAGAACGAAAUCGAGAAUAUAAAUUCCCAUUAUAUCAUUCUGAAACUUAA